ACAUUUGAUAUGAAUUUGCAUUUAUUUGGGGGGGAUGAACAGUGUGUGCACGACGGGCUUUAGCAGUGCAGCCGAUGUUUGAUUAUGCGUGGUGUUGGUUAGGGCAACAAUGACAAAGUCCACCUGGUGGACCACUGGAUUUAGGCGAUCGACCAAACAAUCAGGUUUGUAACACAAUCUUAGACUUAGACUGGUAAUCUCGUUUCCGCUCUACCUCAACCCAUGAGGCAUUGUUUGAGUGAAGCAGCAGCGUUGGAGCCGCUGCAGCCUGCCGUGCGCAUACAAAGCGUGCAUGCACCGAUCCUCUACCGAAGGCGGCGUCCUGGCUGCACGGUGACGUUUUAAGGCAGGUCUUGACCAAACUACCAAUGAUACAAGUCGGUUCUAUUCUGCUGGGACUGAUCGCAAUGAACGGGUGUCGGAGCUCUACACGGCAAAGGAGCAAGCAAGACAGCAAGACGAGGCGAUCAAGGGGAUGCGGCAUCGAUACGCCGGAGCUGUCCCCCAGCACCACCAAACUCCCGACGACCAGCGAGAGAAGAGCAGCGUCGCGCCGAGCAGCCAAGACCCCGGAGCCGCCCCUGUGUUCAGCCUGCCGCCCCCGCCCUCGUCUCACCACCGAGACCGCACCUCGACCACCGCCGCGUACCGCCAGAGCCUCCAGGAGCUGCCGUGUCUCAGCCAGCCCUCCCGCAGACCCAGCCACAGCGGCGACCCGCUGCCUCUGGUGAGCUACGACAUCGCGUCCCCGCCACCCCCGCACCGGGGUAGUGACCCUGGCUCCGGGCGGCUCCAGGCACCGCUUCAGCAGCAGGAUCCCUGGGCCGCGGCGGGCUCACCGCAGCCGCCGCCGCCUCAGCCGCAGUCGGACAAGCAGCCGGUUUUUCCGAGCUGCCACUGCAGUUUUUCUGACCAGGAGGCGGGCUUCUCUCAGCACCACCACCGCCACCAGCAGAACCACCAUCCCCUCGACCCGUUCUCGCCGCAGCCCCCCUGCCCACCCGUGCUGCCCUCGCCGAUACCCCCGCCACCGACGUCCUCACGCUCGUCCCAACGCUUUUCCCAGGAUUCCCGAAAGGAGGACCGAAGGAGUGCCAAACCCCACCGACAGGCGAGCACCGUGGACCGCUCAGGAGACCAUUUGAGUCGUCGCAGACUCAGGACUUGCAGCAGCAACAGCAACAACAGCAGCAACAGCUCCCACAAUUACGAGCGCAGCAACAGCUACUGGUGGGCAGCAGCUUGCCACUCAACUACUGCGCCAGCGGCUCAGAAGAGCUAUCGUCCACAGCAGCAGCACUGUGAACAGGAGCGAAAUAAGUCUGGAGGGAGGACCGCCGAGCAGACACCACCGCCACACUGCCGCGACCACAGCGGCGUGAAGCAGUCUACCACCGAGCGGCAGCAGCAGCAGCACGCGGGGAACCGGACUGCGCCUGCAGGGAGCAGCAGCAGCAGGAGCAGCAGCGGCAGCGGCAGCAGCCCUAACUACGGCUCCAGCUAUCACCUGUGGCCAGAGAGCCCGCAUAAAGGAGAGGAGAGGAUCCGCAUCGAUCAACAUAAGCUCCUCCUCCCUGCGCCUCCCAUUCCUCCCCCACCCACCAGACUGCGCAGUGUGAAGAUGGAGCAGAGGAAACUGAAUGACCAGGCCAACACCUUGGUGGACCUGGCCAAGACCCAGAACGUGAUGUACGACCUGGUGUCGGAGCUGCAGGAGCGCAGCGAGGAGCUGGACAAGCGCAUCGGCACGCUGGAGGACAAGCUGGACACGGUGACGGGCAGCCUGCAGGCACUGCCCUGCCUCAUCUCCCAAGCCAUAACCCAGCAGCAGCAGGACUUCCUGGACGGCUUCGUGCACCGCUUCCGGCCCGCCUCGCUAGGCUCCGAGCGGUCCGAGCGCUCCGAGCGCUCCGAGCGGUCCGAGCGGUCGUGGACGUCGACGGCGCGGCGGCGGCGCUCGCCCUCCACCGCCCCGCACACCUCCUCCGACAGCGGGUAACACCGGCCACGCCUCGGCCAGCGCCACCUCCUACGCCACAGCACCGCCCCCCUUCCGGAGACCCCCCCCCCCCCCCCCCCCCCCACACCCCCCGCCCAACACUCCCCCGCCCUGGCCCUGUGAUGGAUCCUUAUGGAAACGACCCCUGACCCUUGACCCUGGAUCCUGGACUCUGGAUGGGAUUCUCUCCCCCCACCCCGCCUCUACAGAUCUCCCUCCCGGAGUCUGCUGGGCCUGCUGGGUCUGCUGGGCCUGCUGGGUCUGCUGGGCCUGCUGGGUCUGCUGGGCCUGCUGGGUCUGCUGGGCCUGCUGGGUCUGCUGGGCCUGCUGGGUCUGCUGGGCCUGCUGGGUCUGCUGGUUGUUCUGGGUCUCGGCACAUCUCUGGAGCUCCGGCUCCGAGCUAACAAACAAGGAAAGACUUCAUUUAAGAUCCCGCGCGCAAGCAUGCACACACACACACACACACACACACACACACACACACACACACACACACACACACACACAAAUAAAUGCCUAAGCACACACACAUGCACACAGACACACAGCACAGCACACAACAACUCCAAACAAACACAGAAUCACAUACGCGUACACAGACGCAACAAAAAACACAACAUUGAAAAAAACGAAGAAACAAAAAAAUACAGAAGCUUACGAAAAUAACUUUGACAACUUUGACAAACCGAGAUAAAGUA